UUCGGAAGGAACAACGUAGCUUUGCCAUCUCUGUUUCUUUACUGCAAAUGUUUCUGUUGCAGAUUCCAUCAAACAAAUCCCUUGACUACAUCCUUGUCUGAUGUCAGCUGAGGAGGUAUUGACCCAAUAGAAGUUAUUCCUCUCGACGAAUAUGGAGACAAGGCUGAACAAGCUGAAGAAAUUCGUCGCAAGAACACCUCUACGACCCGCACCAGAUCUGGAUAAUCCAUUUUGUGGUGAAGACAGGACCCUGCCAGAGGGAAAGGAAUACCAUAUAUAUUUCGCCUUCCAUAAGGAAGAUUUGGCAUUUGUUAAAGGCAGAGUGGAAGCUCUUGAAAGCUCACCAUAUAACUUGAAAUGUUGCGUAGGCUUCCGCGAUUUCCCUCCCGGUUCGCUUAUUCACGAAAAUAUCAUUGACUGCAUGGAUCAGAGCCUAGUUGUUGCCAUAGUUCUAUCCCCAGACUACAUCACCGAUGAAUGGAGACAAUUUGAGAUAAAUACUGCCGUGUCUUUGAGCGUCACGAACGGACUGCGAGUCGUUUCCGUAGUUUAUAAAUUUUGUAGUAUACCGCAAAACCUGAUAAAUAUGAUCUGCAUUGAAGAGACGAGAGAGGAAAUGAUUGACUACAAAAUUGCAGAGGCUGUCUUCCAUAAAGGUGACCACGUCAUUGCCACAAAGACGGACACGGAAAACAAAGAUCUGGUCAUGAAGCUGGUCAGGCUGAAUGAAGCUAAUCCAGCCUUGGAAAGGUCCGAUGCUACUCUGACGGACGAGAAAUCUAAACUUGAGGAAACAGCGAACGUUUUGCAACAAAUAGGUGACCACGUCAUUGCCACAAAGACGGACACGGAAAACAAAGAUCUGGUCAUGAAGUAUGACGAGCUCCAGGUCGAAUAUGGUGAAACUUUAGACGAGAAACAUCGCCUGGAACAUUGGUGCAACGAGUUGCAAGCCAAAUGUGAGGAAUAUUUAUCCCAGAGAAACAGACAAGACCAUCAGCUGAAGCAACUGACGGAAUCCGAGUCAGAUUUACAACACAAACAUGCCACACUCAUAAAAGCAUUCCAGGGAAAAGCCGAGGAAAUCUCGUUUCUGUGGGAGAAGAUUAGAUGUCAGGAGAGCUGUCUAGUGGAAAAGACACAACGUAUUCUAACACUGGAGACAUGUUUAAAAAGUGUCAGAGAAACAGCAAAGAAAGAGGACGAGAUCUGCACACGUUUGGAACCACUUCAAGCCAUUCCUGAGAUAGUUGCAUCACACUGUGAAGCACUAAGGUUUCAGACCACGGACACAGAAGGGAAAGUUCUGGAAAAGAUGAACACCUUGUUAAACGCCUGGACCAAAUUUCGAGAACAAGACACUUCCAAUAAAAUCGAGGAUGAUGCGAACAGUUUUGGUGGAGAAAACAUUCCCACCCACCUCAAGUCUUGUGUUCAGCUGCUGAGGGAUACAGUGGGACCAAACUGGCUGGAUGUAGGCCGUAUUCUUGGCCUAGACGGAGAUCAGUUGAAGAGGAUAUGGGUGAACUGGGGACAGUACGGAAUGCGGGAACUGACUGAACGGGUGAUAGAAUGCUGGUGCGCGAACUGCUCUGAAUCAGAGAACAGCUUGGAUGUGCUCAACGAUGCUAUGGCUAAACUGGAAAUAAAUCCACUCAUGAUGCAGCCCAUGGAUGAAGCUGACAAGAGGAGACUGAGGGAGAACUACCAGCUUUUGGUUGAUGAUAUGAUGGACGUCACCCACAUAGAGGGUUAUCUUCGUCGAGCUGAAAUUCUGUCAUGCUCAGCGCUCGACUACGUUCUCUACCCCAAUACACGUCACAAGCGAAUCAAGAGACUGCUCAAGACCUUACCAUUCUGUGGGAGCCGGGCGCUGUCUGAGUUUAAGAACGCGUUGAUGGAGAUUGGCCAGUCUUAUCUUACCUUAGCACUCGCAGGUGAGCAAUGCUCUGCUUCAAAGACCGAUUCAGAUGUCCUUGUGGAAUGCCUCGCAUCGAACAAGAGCAGCAAUCCGAACAAUUCAAAGGGUUCCCUUGUCGAAUGUCUCAAAGCCAAGAAGAGUGAUGAUCGUAAAAUUUUCGAGAACAUCGUUGAAGAAAGUCCCCAAGCCGAGAAGAGUGAUGAUGGUAAAAUUUUCGAGAACAUCAUUGACGAACGUCUUGAAGCCAAGAAGUGUGAGGAUCGUAAAGUUUUAGAGAAGAUCCUACUCCAGUGUUUUGAAGCCAAGAAGAGUGACGAUCGCAAAUUAUUCGAGAGCAUCCUUGAUGAACGUCUUGAAGUCAAGAGGAGUGACGAUCGUGAAAUGUUUGGAAUGGUCCUAGGGGAACAUCUGGAAACCAAGAAGAUUGACGAUCGUAAAGUAUUAGAGAGCUUCCUUACUGAACUUCUCGAAACCAAGAAGAUUGACGAUCGUAAAGUACAAGAGAGCUUCCUUAUUGAACUUCUCGAAACCAAGAAGAGUGAUGAUCGUAGAAGUUUGGAGAGGAUCGAUGAAAUAUUGGAACCAAGUGUACGAGUAUGUGCAGAGAUUAAACAAAUCAUUUACAUGCUCAAUGAGAAAUAUGAAAAAUGCAUGUUUUAUCAGCAGACUGACACGUCAGCAAUUUGUCCACCAAACAUGUCACAAAACCAAUGAUACAAAACUUACGGUCUCAUCUUCUAAAAAUCGUCGCGGUUUAUUCUGCAACCAAAUAUUGUUCAAAUUUUACUGUGAAGGGAAUUUCGGCAAAAUGUAAAUAUAUACAAGCCAGCAAGACAGUGAACUGAUUCGCAAUAAAACGUGCACCCCAGGCGUGGAUGUGGUUCUCCAGUGCCUCGAUCACCAAAGGUCUUCCAGCUGGAUUGACAGAAGUCCCUGAAUACGCUUUAAAGCAAUGUAGCAGUUCACCAAAUGAGCCAUCAGUGAAAGUCGCCGAACAGGCCUCGAGCACGAAGAUGGAACUAGUUUUUAUUGCUUUUACUACUAGGUACAUUUUAAUUACCACUCCAGCGUAUAUAGUUGUGUGAAAAAAUAAUAGUGUUACUGCAGUUUUUUAGGACAUGCUUCAUUAGUUUUCUUAGACUAGAUCUGUGUGCAAUGUUUGCUGUGAAGAAUGAGUAUUUGUUAGCUGACAAACAAUUAACAAAGAUUGAGUCAAUCUUUGUUAUUUGUUUGGUUGUAUUAUGUUUAUGAUCUUGCAGUCAGUUGCUUUAAACUUAACCUUAUGGCUUCAUGAGGAGAUAAAGCUUUGUCCAUUUUGAAGUAUGUGUUAUAUGUAUUCUCAGAUUGCAAAAUAUCUUUCGGCGUUAUUUUAUGAUUUUGAAAAAUGGAUUGUUCUAAUUAUGGUUUUUAUUUCAUUAGACACAAAUGCAGAAUUUUUAAGAAGGCGGUGAUAUAGACAAUAGCCUUGUGUCAUCCACAUCGUGUAAUGUUCACUCGGAUUACUAUUGGGUAUAAACUAGCGUUAAAUGUUGGUUAUCCUAGCGUGUUGAU